AUGCCCUGCAUGAGCAGAAGAACAGGAGUCAUUCUGCAGAAGCAAAGAGGAGCUAUCCUACAGAGCAGCAAAGAGGUGUCAUCCUACAGAGCAGGAGCAGGACAAGAGUCAUCCUACAGAGCAGCAAAGAGUAGUCAUCCUACAGAGCAGCAAAGAGGGGUCAUCCAACAGAGUAGCAGCAGGACAGGAGUUCUCCUACAGACCAGCAGCAUGACCGGAGUCAUCCUACGGAGCAGCAUAGAGAUGUCAUUCUGCAAAGCAGCAAAGUGGAGUUAUCCUACAGAGCAGCAUGACCGGAGUCAUCCUAUGGGGCAGCAUGACCGGAGUCAUCCUACAGAGCAGCAUGACAGGAGUCAUCCUACAGAGCAGCAGGACAGGAGUCAUCCUACAAAGCAGCAGGACAGGAGUCAUCCUACAGAGCAGCAACUAGGGGUCAUCCUGCAGAGUGGCAGCAGGAUAGGAGUCUUCCUACACAGCAGAAAGAUGGGAAAGGUGAAGGAUGAUGUGCCCAAACAGCCUGCCACCUCACUUUAA